AUGUAUGGUUUAGUUCAGUUAAGCGCCGAAUUUGUUUGAAUCAAAUUUGCCUUGCAUCACUUUGCUCUUCUUCGGUUGGUCUGUCCGUUGUGUGUGCGCGUGAGUUUGUGAGUAUGCGUGCGUGUACCUUUCCGAUGUGAGGCCCACAAUUAUUUGUUGUAUUGCCUUUUUAUGUCUUUAUUUACUAUAUUAUCAUUCGGAAAAAUGAUUAUGGAACGGCCGCGAUGUUUUUACCUACUCUUGAGUUAGCGAAAUACGCAGUCGAUUUAUAGCAAAGAGAAACAUUGGAUCGCGUGGCGAACAGGACAGAGAGAACAUACGGCAGAGAGAAUAGAAAAGAAUAUGGACACAAACACACAAGAGCAAAACGAUGUCGAAACAGAGAAUAUAGUCCCAAAUAAAAUGAUGCAGAAUUGAGCGUCUGCCGACUUGCUUACUUCCGAUAUUUUCGUCUCCGGUUUGCAUUGGUCACGUCAUUAUUUUGUGGAAUCCUCUAUAUUGUAUUGUGCAUUUUGGUGAAAGUUUGAUUUGAAAAAAAAGGCAAGAGAAAAGACACUUCACAAUAUACUUCUCUAGUUCUACAUCAAAUUUGUAUCCGAAAUGUACGUGGCGUGUGAUGAUUGACAAAAAUUCAGUUCUUAACUAAUAAAUUAUGUUGUUUUAAAAUUACACAAAUGCCGAUCGGACUAUAUUUUAUUGGGGACUAGAUAAGUGUUCGGCCGAUUUUUAGAUGCGGUUUAUUGCCUCUUUUUUGUUCGCUAUUAAAACUCUUCGAUCCAUAUGAUAAAUUAGCACAACGCAACAACAACAGUUAUAAAGAAAACCAGUGUGACGAAAUCAAAUUUUCUGCAUCCGUACCCUACUUACUUUAAUUAAAGAAGUAGACGAAGAUAGAAGAAAUCGGUUUGCUACGUGGGAAUUUCUUUUGUAUUUGUAAAUUUUUGUGUGUGAUUUAAUUGGUUCACCAAAUUUGUUGGCGCAUGAAUUUAUUAUUUAAUUUGUCAUUUAUACGUCGAUGUUUGAUUAACCGGUGAUAAAUAAUACGACUACACCUAUUUUUCUCGCAUCGUUGAAAUAUUUUCAUUUUAAUUAAAUCCAUCAAUAAAAUACGUCGCACAACAUCCUGCUAGUUUUCCACACCAACAAAGAGAACGAUAAAUCAACGGAAGCAGACCAGCGAGAAAAGAGAAUUUCAAGGAAAUCAUGCCGUCUAACACCAAGUUCAACAUUGAUGCUGGAGAGAGGGAGCCGAUUGUAGCCUCAGAUCCAAUUUACAUUGAAACGUCCAAUCACACAGACGAUCCGGACUUUCAAAAUGACAAUGAUCUCUUCUGCCCUGCAUCGCCCACCACGGUUCCAGCAUCAGCCAUCAAAUCUCGAUCGAAUUCAGGUUCAUUACGAUCACCAAGGCAACGUAGACAACGCACAACAUCUAUGAAUCUAACCAAAACGAUUGAUGCAACGGAAUCAAUAAUUCGUGCAAACAACCGUACAAUCUACACAGCUGGUCGUCCGCCAUGGUACAAUUGUGCUGGGCAACAAGUCGAACCAUUUGUAAUAGGCGUUUGCGGUGGAAGCGCAUCUGGUAAGACAACAGUUGCUCAGAAAAUCAUCGAGAGUCUGGACGUACCGUGGGUGACACUGUUAUCAAUGGACUGCUUUUAUAAGUAUCUCGAUGACGAUAAGCACCAAAAAGCCGAACGCAAUGAAUACAAUUUCGAUCAUCCGGAUGCAUUUGACAUUGAUCUCAUGGUUGAUGUAUUGCGUAAGCUGAAAGAAGGUAAAAAAGUGGAAGUGCCAAUCUAUAAUUUUGUGACACAUCAACGGGAAUUAGCGACAAAAACCAUGUAUGGAGCAAAUGUCAUAAUUUUUGAGGGAAUUUUAGUGUUUCACAGUCAAGAGGUGUUAGAUAUGCUAGAUAUGAAAGUAUUUGUGGACACAGACGCUGAUAUACGUUUAGCUCGACGCCUGAAACGCGAUAUUACAAUGAGAGGUAGAGAUAUCGAGGGUGUGAUCAAACAAUAUUCGAGCAUGGUGAAACCAGCUUACUGUAACUAUAUCGCACCAACAAUGGCUCAUGCAGAUAUUAUUGUUCCACGCGGCGGAGACAACAAAGUUGCCAUUCAACUGAUUGUACAGCAUGUGCAUACACAGUUACAAUUGAGAGGCUUUAAGUUAAGAGAACGCUUAGCACAUUCAUAUAUUGGUCAGCCCAUGCCUGAUUCAUUGCAUCUAUUGCCGACAACACCUCAAAUAAAGGGAUUGCAUACAUUUAUUCGGAAUCAAGAAACAUCGCGCGAUGAGUUCAUAUUUUAUUCGAAUCGCCUAAUUCGAUUGGUCAUCGAAUAUUCACUAGGGUUGAUGCCAUUCAAAGAAGCAAAAGUUGAUACACCGCAAAAUUUAUCAUACGAAGGAAAAAGAAUGGCAUGUGAAAAAAUCUGUGGUGUUUCCAUUCUACGAGCCGGUGAAACGAUGGAACAAGCCCUUUGUGAUGUAUGUAAGGAUAUACGCAUUGGAAAAAUACUUAUUCAAACAAAUCAAAGUACUGGCGAACCAGAGUUAUAUUAUUUAAGACUGCCAAAAGAUAUAAGAGAUUGUCGUGUCAUAUUAAUGGAUGCCACGGUUGCAACGGGUGCUGCUGCGAUGAUGGCUAUUCGCGUUCUAUUAGACUAUGAUGUACCCGAAGAAAAUAUACAGCUAGUAUCGUUGUUGAUGGCUGAAAUUGGUGUUCAUUCAAUAGCUUAUGCAUUUCCAAAAGUUCAAAUAGUGAGCACAGCAUUGGAUCCAGAAAUUAAUGAUAAAUUCUACGUGAUUCCCGGCAUCGGGAACUUUGGUGAUCGUUACUUCGGAACUGAACCCGAAAUUAUUUACUAGAUUUCAACCAAGCAUAUAUACACACAACAACGUUCAUAAGAAAAUGAUGAUGCUGACGCUGACGAUGAUAAUCAUUCUCAUUCAUAAAUGAUGUAUUGGCUGCUCAUCCUCUAUACUCAACCAACAUGAGUUCAAGAACCAAAAGUAAAGAUUGUAAUUUUAAAAUAAAACUUUUAUAUGGCAUAUUAAUUUUAUGUGUUAGAUAUUGAUCAAUGAGCAUUUUGUUGACGAUGUUCAAAAAUUAUAUACAAAUGGUUUAUUCAUCUGUGUGUUAAAUGUUUGUUUGAGUGGUAAGGUAUCUGACGAGUGCUUUUCAACAGUGCUCAAAAAUAAAUCAUCUUUGCAUUCAUUCAAGAGGUUAUUUCAGAUUAUCUAUAAGUUCAGUUUAUUUGGUCACUCCGGCGACCGAUAACGAAUUUAAAUCAAUAACCUAGAGAAAAUGAAUAAACAUUUUACAUCAAACUAA